AUGAUCGGGAUCGGGAUGAUAGAGGAGAUCACCACAGGAGUAAGAGAAGUGCUAAAGACGGCGAGGAGCAUCACAGUUGGCGCUGGUGAAAGAGAAGGACGAGUCUCCUGCUCAUUUGUAAGAAAGCUUCACUGCAACUUAUCCCAUGGGAUCGGUCGGAGUGGCAACAUUUUGGACAUCCAACCAAAAGCUAUCGGAUCUUCUAUGCUUGCUUGCUUGGCAAACGAAUUUGCGUUGCAUGCGCUUCAAGAGAUAGGUAAGGGAAGUAGAGCCUUUUGUGUUAUUGAAGUACCGACACAAACCACUGGCUCACUUCUACGUAUGGAAGCAUUUCUGGAUAGGAAAUUAGCAGCCGUUGUAGUUCCCAUGUGCACUGGUUUGACGUUAUCGUUGUGUAUGGGUUCGUGGCGAAAGUUGAGACCCCACGCAAAGUAUGUGUUGUGGCUCAGGGUGGAUCAAAAGUCAUGUUUGAAGUCAAUUUUUCACGCAGGUUUUGAACCAUUGAUUGUUGAGCCUAUACGCGCCGGUGACGCAUUGGUGACGGACAUAGAAACUGUAAAUGGGAUACUGCAGGACCGUGCUGACGAGAUACUUUGUGUUCUCUCUACAACUUCCUGCUUUGCUCCGCGAAGUCCAGACUCAAUAGAGGCGAUUUCCAGUAUAUGCCAGUUGUGCCAUGUCCCUCAUCUUGUUAAUAAUGCUUAUGGUCUCCAAAGCGAAGAAUGCGUUCGCCUUCUCAGUGCGGUGUUGGUGCAUAAUUUGAUUAUUAUUGUUUUAUUUAUCGUUUUCAUACUGUUCCAAAAGAUGAAGGCGCUACUAAUGUCGUUUGCAUCAGAUAUUGGUGAAUCCGUCUAUGAUGUGGAAGACAAUCUCAUCAGUUUAGGUAUUAUAUUUUUCUGCUUUCAAAAUCGUGUAGUAAUGAAAUGCUAUUGGGCGACGCUGAAUCGUUCGCCGCACCAUGUUAGAAAUCAUGUGUGA